GUUCAACAAUGAUUAAUACCUACUUCUUAGUGUCUCACACUUUUUAAUUGCUGUAACAGAUGGAUCGUGACUUAGAUUACGCGAUUAAACAUUUAGCAAGGAAUGGUGUUCUGAUUUACUUCCAUGAUAUGAAGCCGAUUGAGGACCGGCUGAUUGUGACUGAUUCGGGGAAGGAAAAAUACGUUGCUACUCCCGAGAAAGACCGGCAAAUGGGAGACAGAAUUUAUCUUAGUUUGCACUAUGGGCCUCAAUGGAAACAAAAACAUAAGAUUGUUGUACGUGCUCCUCAUUGGCGACACAUGCUCCUCAUAAACACUUUUACAUUCUCAAACGUGGUGAAGAAAAUGUACCCUACAAAUGGAAAGACGUCAAUUUCCCAUAUAUGCAAUGACUAUUAAUAAAUCACAGGGACAAUCGGUGAAGUAUGUGGGCAUUGAUUUACGUACUCCAAUAUUUAGCCAUGGUCAGCUAUAUGUCGCAUUGUCUAGGUGUAGUGCUGCAAGGAGAAUUACUUUAUUGUUGACCAAUGAAUCAAAGAAAGGCCGGGAUGGAGUCUUGGAAAGACAAAUAGUGGUGGUGAUUUUGUAGUCCAACAAAGGGAAGGUUUCCUCCGUCCGUUUCCAUAGGUAUAGACUUAUCCACCGUCCUUUGUGUUUCCAAAAACACAAAUCCUAGAAAAUUGAAAACCGCUCAGUCCAGAUUGAACGGACGCAAAGCAACCUCCCUUUGUUUCGCCCCAUUUUGCUUAGGUAUCUUUUAUACCGGUUGUUCUUAUAACUUCCCAAGAUAUGCCAAAACUGCAAAUCGUUACGCUAUUAGUCUAAACGGCAAAGAAAAUAAGGAUUACGUUAUCUUAAAACUCAAGUUUCAGUUUGUGAAUCCGAAUAAAUUUCAUUUUCAUACAUUAUCAUCGGAUAUCGUGAAUGUAAAAAAAUAUCGGAUCGUCUCAAAAUCGAAGUUUAAGAGAGGCGAUUCAAUCAUUUUUUCGUUCAGAUUGUUUGUUUCUCAUAGUUUCGGUUAGGAUCUGUAAGUAGUUUCUAUCAUUUUAUCUAUUAUCAUUUUCUUUUCUUUUUUGAUAAUUAUGAGAUACUGGAUCGUUUUGUAUUUGUCGAAUCUUUGAUUCGAUUGUUUUGAAAUGGAAGGGAUAAUCCACAUGACGUACAGGGAGAUCAGCAGUUGCCAGUUUUUUUAGAUUUUCAGUUUCGAAUUUGCUUUUCUGAUCAC